GCUCGCGCUAAGUGGGAGUGCCCGGCCAUUAGUGGAGCUGUCGCUCUCCGCCCGCCUUCAGAGCUCGUGCCGCGCUGGAGCAGCUCAGGAUGCUCAGCCGCGCGCUGUAGACACACCGGAACGCGCUGGAGCUUUCACGCGCCGCGGGAGCACCGAAGACUGACCAGAGAAGAACAGGACAGGCUAGAAGAGUCAGAGCCCAGACAGGAGGAGGCGGGCGAGAUCUCCUCAGCCGAACCGCACUGCUGCUGCUCUCUCCUCUCUCAGAUUUUUCCAGGAAUGGAAUCUAUCUCGAGCCAGCUGUCCGCGGGCACCGAUUCCUCCUGUUCUCCAACCUCCAAGCAAGAGCUACAGCCGUGCACGUCUCUGAAGCCCAACCAGGUGAGCGAAACCUCCCUGUACGGGAUCCCCAUCGUCUCGCUGGUCAUCGACGGCCAGGAGCGCCUGUGCCUGGCGCAGAUCUCCAACACGCUGCUGAAGAGCUACAGCUACAACGAGAUCCACAACCGGCGCGUGGCGCUGGGCAUCACGUGCGUUCAGUGCACACCCGUCCAGCUGGAGAUCCUGCGGCGCGCGGGCGCCAUGCCCAUCUCGUCGCGCCGCUGCGGCAUGAUCACGAAGCGCGAGGCCGAGCGCCUGUGCAAGUCGUUCCUGGGCGAGCACCACCCGCCCAAGCUGCCCGAGAACUUCGCCUUCGACGUGUCGCACGAGUGCGCGUGGGGCAGCCGCGGCAGCUUCAUCCCUGCGCGCUACAACAGCUCGCGCGCCAAGUGCAUCAAGUGCUCCUUCUGCAGCAUGUACUUCUCGCCCAACAAGUUCAUCUUCCACUCGCACCGCACGCCCGACGCCAAGUACACGCAGCCCGACGCGGCCAACUUCAACUCGUGGCGCCGCCACCUAAAGCUGACGGACAAAAACUGCCCGGACGAGAUCAUGCACGCAUGGGAGGACGUCAAGGCCAUGUUUAACGGCGGCAGUCGCAAGAGGACUCUCCCAGUGGGCGCGUCCGAUUCCGCGCCCCCGCCCCUCAAAGCGCACGCGCCUGGUAGCCGGACGCACGCGGACCCGCCAGAGGCGCCCCACAAAUCCCUGCGCUGCCCGGGCGAGGACGACAGAGCUGGGGUGACAGUGGCCGCUGGUGUCCGCAGUUAUCCCGUCAUCCCUGUGCCCAGUAAGGGGUUUGGGAUGCUGCAGAAGAUCCCGCCACCUCUUUUUCCACACCCAUACGGCUUCCCUGCCUUCGGCCUGUGCCAAAAGAAGGACAAUGGUGCUGUCCUGGCAGAGGAACAGGGCAAGGCCGGCCUGCCCACCACCGUCUUCUGGCCUGGCCCAAAAGACAGCACUUACCCUUCGUUUCCUGUGUUCUGGCCCACUGUGCCGCCUUACCACCACCCGCAGCCCAAGCCACCUUCUGACCCCCUGUGCGUCCGGCAGAGUGAGCUGGACCCACCCGAGCCAAGUGAGCGGAGGGCCAACACACCGAAGGAUGCCCUGCCUGACAGCGAGCGCUGCUCCAGCCGCAGUGAGGAGGACAAGUCCGGGGAUGACAGCAGGUCAGUGGAAGGGAUGGGAACUGCCCAGAGGCGAAUGAGCUACGUAUCAGCGUUCCGGCCUGUGGUCAAGGAUGCGGAGACUAUAGCCAAGCUGUACGGCAACCGCGGCCCAUAUCCGGGAGCCAGGGCCGGCUACCUGUCGCCUGAUUUCCUGAGCGAAAGCUCCAGCUACCGGUCUGUGUCUCCGGACGUGGACAGCGUGGAUGACCCAGAUGUGGACGUGGAGUCAAACAAGGUUCAAGAAGAUGAGGAGUCUCUUCAGCUUUCUGUAGAUGACCAGCACAGUCCUCCGGGUCUGACAGCAGUACGUAACGAUGGAACGAAGGGUCAUGUAGAAGAAACUGGCCACAUAGGCACUAUGAGUGACCCACAUACGACUGACUCAAGUGAGGCACGCUCAUGUGAGGUGGAGAAGCAGAGCAAAGCACUGUUGGAAAGCAGUAAAGCCUCAGCACGAUUUCAGGUGUACGCGCACGACAGGGACGAGCAGCAGCUGAGCGGCGCGUGCUUCGGGUCAGUGACCUCGUAUGAGCGCGAGCUACGUGAGGCCAAAGUGAAAGAGGCGCAUGAGGAGGAGCCGUCAUCUACAGUAGAGGAGACGGAGCCGAGGACGCAGGGCAGCGGGGGUGAAACAGGCCUGAGGGACAGCAGCGACGAUAUGGAGGCGGUGCGCAGUGAAUCAGGCCGAUCAGCGCUGAAGGAGAAAGACAUAGAACACAUGGCGAAGGAAGAGCUGCAGAAGCAGUUAGUGGAGCAGAUGGAGCUCAGAAAGAAGCUGGAGAGAGAGUUUCAGAGUCUGAAAGAUAAUUUCCAAGACCAAAUGAAAAGGGAGCUGUCCUACCGAGAGGAGAUGGUCCAGCAGCUGCAGAUUGUUCGAGACACAUUGUGCAGCGAGUUGGACCAUGAAAGAAAGGCUCGUUAUGCUAUUCAACAGAAGUUAAAAGAAGCUCACGACGCACUCCACCAUUUCUCGUGCAAAAUGCUGACCCCUCGCCAUUGCUCCGGGACCUGCACCUUCAAGCCUCCUCUACUACCACCGUGAUGCCUUCAGGUCCUCAUUCAUAACAAGACUGCUCUGGACAGGGACAUUGCUACACCAGUAAAAACAACGUCCAGGUAUAGACCUGGGAUAAGCAAGCGUGUAUGGUAGUAUGCUAGCUCUCCAACUGUAAUUAUUAUUAAAUUUAAAAAAAAGGCUUAUUGUAUGUACUGUAUAAUUUAUAUUUUAAAAAAACACCAUUAAAGACACUUGACAUGUUCCACUGAAAAUACGACCAUCUGUUUUAGAAAUGACCAAUAUACUUGUAUUAGGUGGCUUUGUGCAAUGCAUAUAUUAUGUAUUAUAAUUCAUUUCCUGUGAUACUCUCUGUUGGUGAAAUGUUAGGGCACUUGGUUAAGUUAGAGGGUCCGAUAAUUUAUUACUGUAUUGUACUUUUUUUUAUUUAUUCCAUGUUGCUCAUGAAUGUUGUCCUCAUCUGUAAACUGUGUAAAUUAUUGAUGUAAAGCACUUUAAAUAGGCAACCCGAAUGGUGGAAACGUGUAUUAAAUGAACUCAUUUGAGAGGGCUACAUUAUCGUGACCUUUCUGAUAACAAUGAUCUACAUGUUAUUAUUAUUCACUGUGAGGAUUUUCCACUGGAGAGGAUGUAGCAGCAACUGUGUGUUACAGCGGGGUGCUCUUUACAACAUCCCGUGGUACAAUUAGACAAAUUAAACAUUUUUAAGUACUCUGUGUGUGGUUAGAGAACAAUGCUGCGUAGAUAUUAGAAUUUCUAUUUGAAUGCAAAUCUACUAUGUGUGAAUUGUCCUUCAUUAGACUGCACAAACACUUUUUUCAGAUUAUGAUAAUAAGCAUGUCAUCCUCUGUGGCCCAAAUCGUGGAAAAAAAAAAAAAAA